GGCACGUCACAUUCAGACGACUUCCUCCUGCUGCAGCAGGUUGCAUGGUGAGCAUGCUGGACUGGAAAGCACCAAAUACCGCACAUGCAGACUAUAGCUCAGUCCAAAAGGUAGGACCAACUGCAUUGCACCGCAAUAAAAAAAUGAAUUCUUCCUUUUUGGGCACACUUCAGACAUGCCUGGAUUAAACAAACACGCAGCUGAACAAAUGAUAGUGUCAUCUUAGAUGGGAAAUACAGUGAUAUUCUAUUGCCUACAGUAAAUGAAAUCGCAGCUUCACCAUGACAUCUGUUAACACAUCUUGUGACGUGAACAUGACUGUCUGGGAAACAACUAUAAACCAGCUUUACACAUACUUUUAUCUGAUUAUAUUCAUCCCAGGCCUGCUGAGCAACACCCUGGCUCUUUGGGUGCUGUGUCGAUUCAUAAGCAAAAAGACGAAAGCCAUCAUCUUCAUGAUUAACCUGACCAUAGCUGACCUGGCUCACGUGCUGUCGCUGCCGCUUCGAAUUCACUACUACAUCCAACACGACUGGCCUUUCGGCAGUGCGUUAUGUAUGCUAUGUUUUUACCUGAAAUAUCUUAACAUGUACGCUAGCAUCGCAUUUCUGGUCUGCAUCAGCAUUCAGCGCUGCGCUUUUCUCCUGCGGCCAUUCCGCGCCAAGCACUGGAAGUCGCGCUAUGACGUCUGCAUCAGUAUCGCAGUCUGGGUGGUGGUGGGUCUGUGCUGCUCGCCCUUCAUUCUAAUGAGGAGCAACUCAGGUUCCGGAAGUCAAAACAAAACCUGCUUCAAGGACCUGCCGACACGCAAGCUGAACUUACGCACGGCCGUCUCCAUGAUGGUCGCUGCUGAACUCUUGGGAUUUCUCGGUCCCUUAAUUAUCAUCGGUUUCUGUACUUACUUAAUAGUGAAUUCCUUGCGACAGCGGAACCAAAAUCAGCAGUCCACUAGCAGCACGAGAAAGGCUUUGCGCAUGGUUAGGGUGUGCACAGGGGUCUUCCUGUUCUGUUUUGCCCCCUACCACAUCAACUUCCUGCUGUACCUGAUGGUAACCCAGAGCAUCAUAACAAAUUGUGUAGCGAUUCAGGCCAUCAGACUGUUCCACUCCAUCUCUCUCUGCAUUGCAAGCCUGAACUGCUGCCUCAACCCACUCAUCUACUACUUUCUGACCACGGAGUUCAAGCAGCAGCUGCAGCAGCAUGGCAGCUCCGUGCUCAGAGGGCGUCUGAUGAGCAUGGAGAGCACAUCGUCCUUUCCAGAAUGAGAGAUGUCGUCAUCCGAGCAUCGCCACGAGGAACCAUAUAUGUUUUAACAGUGAAGUCAUUUAUUUGACUUCAGUGUAAAGACGUUUGUGUACAUUUAGUGGACAAAUCUUGCCUUUGGACAACGUACAAACUGAAGUCUAUGCAUUAUGCGCUAUACACUGCUUGACCAAAAAGAAAGAAAAUAUAAAGCUUACAGUAGAAACUCAAAUGUUAUGUCCAUACAGUAUUGUUUUGACCAAAAUCACAGGUGAAGCAUUUGAACAGCCGACAUUUAAAUGGAAGGAAAAAAAAGAAAAAAAAAAAAACUUUCAACAGACUGCAUGGCAGAGACAUUUUUGUAUAAUGCAGAUGCAGGAUGAGCUGAUAGUGUCUAUCUCAACAGACUGAGAGGAGUGACAGUGGAAAACCCAACUAGGCUUUAGCUGAACUCACUGGACCAACUGAACACCAGGCCUACAAUAAGAUUAAACAGAAAAAGAAACCAACAAUCAACUGCAAAUUCAUCAUACUGUGGACAUGUGAGGCUGAGAUGGGACAAAUCGAAACGUACAAGAGCAACAUAAAAAUUGAGAUUCUGUUUUCACGCUGUCUAAUUGUUUACAUUUGCUUUUGUUUUAUUGUAUUGUACUCAGAACAAAUGAGAUUCAAUAUGUUAAUGUGUUUAAUAAAUGGCAUUAAGUA